AAGGAAUGACGGUUAAUUCGGCGGAAAAUGUAUCCCCCACGAGAUGCCACCUAAUUACCUGCUCGACGGUAUAAGAAAUGCCCAUAUAGCCAACAGGUCUACGCGGCACAGUACCUGUAAUGCGUUCUUGACAUCCGUUUCAGCUUUGGAGUUGGAAUUCCAUCUUUGACCCUUUCAUCUUCGACCCUGAACCCCUGUGCUACUGUGCCUGUACCUGUACCCGUUCCUGCACCAUGGCUUCCCACCCUGAGUUCGGCGAGAGGACCCAGGGGUCCGAGGUCGCUCGCGUGUUUGCGGACCAGAUCCGGGGAAGGACGAUCUUGGUUACCGGUGUCAGCCCCAAGGGCAUUGGCCGAACCACUGCCCUCAAUCUCGCGUCCCAGAAGCCCGGCCUUCUAAUCCUCGCAUCGCGGAACAGAUCCCGCGUGCAAGAGGUGGCCGCCGAGAUCGAGGAGAAAUAUCCCGGCACGAGGGUGGAAAUCGUCAUCCUUGACCUGGGGUCGCAGAAGUCGAUCCGUCAAGCCGCCGCCGACGUGGCUGCCCUGACCGACAAGCUCGACAUUCUGAUCAACAACGCCGCCACCUGCGUCACCACCCGCCAGGCCACGCCCGAGGGCAUCGAGCAGCAGUUCGGCACCAACCACAUCGGGCCCUUCCUGUUCACCAACCUCCUGCUGCCGCUCCUGCGCAAGGCCGCUGAGACCAGUCCUCCCGGCGCGACCCGCGUCGUGUCUCUCACCAGCGCCGGCCACCGGCUCUCGCCCAUCCGCUUCUCCGACUACAACUUCGAGGGCAAGCCGGUGCCGCCCGAGGAGGACCACUUCAAGCCGCUCCCGGGCGCCUUUGCCAAGUGCACCCCUGACGGGUACAACGGCAUCGUCACGUACGCGCACUCCAAGACGGCCAACAUCCUCUUCACCCUCUCCCUGCAGCAGGAGCUGCCCAAGCUCGGCAUUGCCGCCUACGCUGUCCACCCCGGUACUAUCGAGACGGACCUCAGCCGCCACCAGGACGAGGAAUUGGCAUCGCAGUUCUACAAAGUCGGCCUUUUCUGGAAGACCCCCGACGGGGGCAGUGCGACCACGCUUGUAGCUGCCUUGGACCCGGCGCUGAAUGACGUCAAAGGCCUCUACCUUUCCGACUGCCAAAUCGCCGAGCCCUCCGCCCACGCUAACGACCCGGUCGCUGCGAAGCGGCUGUGGAAACUGAGCGAGGACUUGGUCGGCGAGAAAUUCCCCUUGACAGCCUGAGUGCUGCUCAGAAACAAGGUUUUGUAGUAUCCUCAGAGUGUGAUGCAUCAGUGGUGACGGAAUGGUUGUUCGGGAAGGACAAAGCCGCUUCUAAUGUGGGGGGUAGAGGGGGGUUGGUCAGCCCACUUUAGACAUGAGACUCCUUGUACAUGUUCAAAGACGGCGCAUCUCGGACAGUGAGGGGCCGCGGGCAGCUCUCGCCACCCUCAUGCUGGCGUCAUAACGUGGCUGUAGGAGCAGCCCAGAACAUUGCCAACACUCCACUUCGAUUGGCCGCUUCAAGUAGCACGCGUGAUGUAACUCCAAGUCCAAUAGCGUUCUAUAAAUCUGGAGAUAGCUCUACGUGUCUUCCGACACCU